AUGGGGCUCUGGGGCUUCGGCGCCGCUUCUUGCCCUACAUCCUGCACUUGCAGCACCUCGCGGAUAGUAUGUAUCGACCAAGACCCCGGGAUCAAGGAAUUCCCCGUCUUGGCGGAGGAGUCUGACAUGGAAAACAUCACAGACAUAUUCAUUUCAAAUCAGAACAACUUAUUUCUUAUCAACGAUGAUCACUUGAAGUCCUACUUCAACCUCAGGAAUUUAACUGUGACAAAUUCUGGGCUGUUGUCAAUAUACCCGACAGCCUUUCUCUACAAUGCCAGGCUUCAGUAUCUAAACCUCAAAGACAAUAACUUGUCAACAUUAUCAUGGAAAGCGGUUCGAUACUCAAAUAUGUCAUACUUGUACCUGUCAGGUAACCCCCUGCGGUGUUCUUGUGAGAACAUGUGGAUUAAGAUGUUCCUGGGAACGGAGGAGACGGACAACCAGGAGCUCCAGUGCAUGGGGGACGAGGCGGGCAUCAUGCCUCUCUCCAGAUUGGCCCCCAAGUCAUGUGAACUUCCCAAUGCCACUUUGUCGCCACCCAUUCUGAACCAGAUGGCCGGGACCAAUGCCACGGUGGCCUGUGCGGUGACGGGACAUCCUGACCCGGAGCUGACAUGGAACUUCAUGAGUCUGACCACCAGUGCUGAGCCUCUAGGAUCGAACCUGUACCUGAGCAGGCUGUCACCUGACGACGACGGCCAGGAGGUCACCUGCAGUGCGGAGAACAUGGUGGGCGUGAGGGAAGCCACCCUGAGGCUCAACAUCCUCUUCCCUCCGGUCAUCGUGCAUCUGAGCGAGCCGAAGCAGAACCUGCACUGGUGCAUUGACUUCCUGGUCCGCGGCAACCCGCCACCCCAGCUGGUGUGGUACCACAAGGGGGAGAAGCUGGAGGAGCACACGUACCUGCAGACCAUCAUCCACGACGACCUGAAGGAGAGCGAGAAGGAGGGCUGCCUGGAGCUGCAGAACCCCACGCAUAUCCACAACGGCGAGUACAAGCUGGUGGCGCGCAACAAAUACGGCUCCGACGAGAAGAGGGUGGACGCACACUUCAUGGUGCCUCCAGGUCCGGUCUUUGGUGAGGCCACAGAAGGUGGUGACUACAGUGACUACCUCCCUCCUGCACAGGAUGAUCCAGACGACAAGGUUGCAGUGUAUGCGGUGAUGGGAGUGGCUGGUGUCGCGGUGACAGGCUGCAUCCUGAUGACGGUCAUCCUCAAGUAUGGCAGGAACAGCAAGUUUGGCAUUAAAGGCUCCUCGUCGGUCAUCAGUAACGAUGACGACUCGGCCAGCCCGCUGCACCACGUCUCCAACGGCAACAACACUCCGUCGUCCUCGGAGAUGGGGCCCGAUACCGUCAUGAUCGGCCUGAAUAAGAUCCCCGUCAUCGAGAACAUCCAGUACUUCCGGACCACGAGCAGCGUGCUCAAGAACGACACAUUCGUGCAGCAUAUCAAGCGCCACAACAUCGUGCUGAAGAGGGAGCUGGGAGAGGGGGCGUUCGGGAAGGUCUUCCUGGCCGAGUGUUACAACCUCAGCCCCGACCACGAGAAGAUACUGGUGGCCGUCAAGACCCUAAAGGAGGCUAGUGAGAGUGGUCGUGCGGACUUCUAUCGCGAGGCUGAGCUCCUGACCAACCUGCAGCACGAGCACAUCGUCACCUUCUAUGGCGUCUGUGUGGAGUGCGACCCACUUAUUAUGGUCUUCGAAUACAUGAUGCAUGGAGACCUCAACAAGUUCCUCAGGGCCCAUGGUCCAGACGCAGUUCUAAUGGCGGACGGCAGGCAGACUGUCAUGGUGGAGCUGACCCAGUCCCAGAUGCUGCACAUCGCGCAGCAGAUCGCAGCCGGCAUGGUCUACUUGGCCUCCCAGCACUUUGUGCACCGCGACCUGGCCACGCGCAACUGCCUGGUGGGGGAGAACCUCCUCGUCAAGAUCGGAGACUUCGGCAUGUCACGCGACGUCUACAGCACCGACUACUACAAGGUGGGAGGCCACACUAUGCUGCCUAUCCGCUGGAUGCCCCCGGAGAGCAUCAUGUAUCGGCGCUUCACCACGGAGAGUGACGUGUGGAGCCUGGGGGUGGUGCUGUGGGAGAUCUUCACCUACGGCAAGCAGCCCUGGUACCAGCUCUCCAACAACGAGGUGAUCGAGUGCAUCACACAGGGCCGUGUGCUCCAGCGGCCGCGCACCUGCCCCAAGGAGGUGUACGACCUGAUGAUUGGCUGCUGGCAGCGCGAGCCCUACAUGCGGCUCAACAUCAAGGAGAUCCACGGCCUGCUGCAGACCCUGGCCAAGGCCUCGCCCGUAUACCUGGACAUCCUGGGCUAGCACCUGAGCAGCACAGCCCUAGGCCAGCCCCAGCCAUCUGGCCCAGCCACGCUCCGGAUGCCCAGACCCAGCCGGGAGGGGUCAGACCUGGAGGGGUCAGAGCUGGGUCCUCCUGGGGCUGGGUUGAGGUUGGGGUUGGGGUUGACGAGGGCACAACGAACGGAGGUGUUUGGUCUGUGAGGGUGACAUCGUGACAUGAAUGAGUGUUUGGUUUGUGUUAAUGCGUGUGUGGAUGUAUACAACUGUGUGUGUGUGUGUGUGUGUGUGUGUGUGUGUGUGUGUGUGUGUGUGUGUGUGUGUGUGUGUGUGUGUGUGUGUGUGUGUGUGGGUGUGUGGGUGUGUAUGUGUGUGUGUGUGUGUGUGUGUGUGUGUGUGCGUGUGCGUGUGCGUGUGUUUGUAUAUGUUUGUGUGAAGAAGAGAAUGAGACUGACAGAUAGGAGAAAGAUAAAUGGUUCCGGUGAUGAUGAAUAUCUCUUCGCGUGAAAUUCUAAUGUGAGCUUGUGUACAUGAAUGACAAGUGUGAUGUGUGUAAGUGUCUGUAUGUGUGUAAGUGUCUGUAUGUGUAUGAGUGUACUUGUGUCAAUAUUGUAAAGUUGUGUGUGUGUGUGUGGGUGUGUGUGCGUGUGUGUUCCUCCCUCUUCACCACAUAGACAAAGGCCUUAAAUUUGAUUGUGAUGUUUUUUUUCUUUUCUUUUCCUUUAAUUUGUGUUUUUGCUUUCCGUUCGAUAUUACAAUCUGCCCCAGCGUUUUGUCGUCCUCUUGAAUUCUGUGUGUGUGCAGAGGAGGAACAAAGACAAAGAAAAAAAAUCAAGAACUGAGACCUGUAAAUACUCUACUUUCUUUUUUUCUCCUUUUUUCGUCUUUAUGGACCACUAAAGCUAAACGAAGCUUUUUCUUUCCUUCUCCUACUUCGGAGCAACAUGCAAAAUGGGAAUCAAAAGAAAAAAAAGAAAAAAAUGAAAAUGAAAAAGAAAAAAAAAGCAGAUGCAGGAAAAAAAAUCAAACCCAUUGCAACAAACAAAAACAAAAACCCAGGCGAAACUACUGCUUAUGUGUGUUCUAGGGUCAUACAGGGGUGCAUUUCUCAAAAGAGAAGUUGUUAGCCUGUUAGCAACUUCGGUAGUUGCCAAUGGGGAAAUGCAUUGAAAACAACAAAGUAGCUAAUGUAGUAAGCAACUUUGGUUUCGAGAAAUGCACCCCAGAUCUACUGUAGAUAUGAGUAACUGUGAAAAACAAAUCGGACACGUUCGGUCACGGAGGGAAAGGUGUAG